GUGCAGUAGAUGAAAGGCUAAUGUGUUUGCUGAUGCUACUAGCAUGGAGCUAAUUUUUGCAAGUUGCUGCACCUUUAAAUAAUCUUUGCGACUUUUGCUUUGUUAGACACGUUGUCAGAGUUCAGCAGGUGUCUUAAUGGACUUUUGUAGCGUUACGAAGGAAGAGAUGAUGAAAGGCUUGUUGAACCAGCGACUCCAUUAGUCAGGGUUUUUGUUUUUAGCCUGUGGAGGAGCUCACAUGGGUGGUGCUUUCCUUUCCGGCUGUUCAGUAAACUCUUUCUGAUCGUCAAACCUCUCAGGUUGCACCCAGCUGGAAAAUGUUUGCCACAGCCACAAGAAACUUCGUGGAGGAGGUGGAUCACGGCGGUUUGCUGAUCCCGGUGUCCAGCCUGAAUGACACCAUUGCUGUUCUGACGGUGGUGGUGAAGCGUAAACGUCCCUGGUUCUGGCAGAAGCCCAAAUAUAUUCCCACUGAUUUUAACCUCAAUGAUCUACUAACAGGAGACACACCUAUAAAGCCAGUUGUCAUAGAGACAGACUUCAUCAAAUACAAUGGAAUGUAUGGAGACAACAUUCAGGCAAACAUGGACACAAAUUUUGUCCACCCCAGUGUCCAGUCCAAUUUGAGCCUGGAGGGUAAAGAAUCAUCCAAACUGCAGUCGUACUUUGGCGGCUUGAAGAAAGAGGAAGUGGACGUGCAGAAGCUGCUGCGAGACUCUAAAGACAGGAUUCUGGACAUGUCCCACAGUCUGGUCCAGCAGACGAAGGAGAAGCGCAGACGGGUGUUUGGGAUUGUGAAGGAGCGGAUUGUCACUUCUCAGCCCUGUUCUGUCAUAGAGGAAGUGCAGCAGGGGGGGCAGUGUGGAGCAGGACUGGACUUCUGUGGACCCAAGAACCCAAAGGUUUCAUUGAAAGAGAAUGGCAGCUUGAGUAAAGACAGUAACGUUACCAUGGAGAUUCCCAUCCAUACUACCAUCGCCUAUUCCCUUAUAGAGCUAGAGAUCAAACACAACGGUCGCUAUGAGCUGUGUCUGAUGUCAGACACCACUGGAGGUUUCGAGGUAGAUGGUCCUGCUUGGAAAGGGAUGUUUGGUGUCUCGGAAGCUCCUGCAGAUGCCUCUGAAAAUAGCCACCUUAGACAAGUGCUGGACCAACUCCGUGAUCAUUUCCACCUGCUGUCUGCUCUUCCUGUCACCACAAGGUCCUCUCUGCUCCAGCAGAUCACAAAGAUUAUGGAAGACAGAGGGGCCGUCGCUUCACUUCAGAGUGUGCUGGAGCAGAAGCACCUGGAUAUGAAACCUGGCCUGGAUGAUGUUGCUGCCACAGAAUCUCAGAAACAGACCAUCCAAGUAAUUCUGGACCUUUUGGAUCAGUUAGUUCAGACAGAGCAGUACACACCAGCUCUCGCAGCCCUUUACCUCAUCGCCAGCGCCCUGGAUGAAUUGACAUAUGAUUGUCUUGCUGUACUGAGGAUGUGCUGCAGCUCCGCUGUGUUGCAGGCUCUGGAAUUACUGGUUCAGUGCAUAUCGGGGGAAGGACAGAUGCCUCUGAGCAGCACAGGGCUGGCUGCAUUGACUCAAGACGUCUAUGAAAAGACUGAACAUCUUUUUGCCUCCUCCAAUGUGUCCCUGAAGAGAGACGGGGACAUGGUAAAGACAGAAAUAAACCAGCAGCCAGGACACCUUCCUGUGGUCCUGUGUAUCGCAGUUACAGGCCUCGCCUCAUUGGCUCAUUGAACUGAAGAGGUAUUUAAGACCAACGGAAACAUUAACUACUGCACUUGAAGGUGAAGGGGAUCACACUUAUCACGUUUAUCAGUGUUCUUUUUGGUCUUUUUGUGCUAUGGUGUUCCUUAAACAGUUUAUAACUUAUGUACUGGUGCUUAAACAGUUAGUCACUUAAUUCUUUAGUCAGACAAUCAUCGAUCAAAUCAAAUCAUUGCACUGUUUGUAGAAACAAUCGCAUUAUUUUCACCGUUUUAUGAUUUUAUAGAAAAAAAAUUGCUAAAAUUAAUUGUCAUUAAUGUUAAUGACCUCAAUUUUUUUGAUGGCCAUGGCAUAAUAAAUAAUAACCUUUAGCUGCAGCCCUGAAAUAAACUAUAAUGUGCUCACAGAUGAAUUCACAUUUGUGGGCACGAUCUUUUAUCUGGAAUUUUUAAUGAAAUUUACCUGCCAGUUAUCAAUACGCACACUAAUAUAAGUAUUUAGAUUUUGAAUGGAAGAGAAGGAGUUCAGUAACAGGCCCCUGGUUCUUAACAUCUGAUUUUGAGUUAUCAGAGAUGAAUGUGCCUGAUGUGUAAGAAACAUCACUUUGUUUUUCUUACUGUCUUGUCAUAGAGUUUUCAGGUUUGUAUAAAAUUGUCUGAUUGGUUAAUCUUCAUCAUGAAGACUUCCUCUCAUGUUUUAUAGUAUAUACUAGUUAUUUUAUGUAGGGACUAACUUCUAGCUUCUUCUCAGCCCUCAACCCUGCAGGUCCACACCAGCUGCAGAAUAUUUUGUACUUUUUAUUCUUUGUGGCUUUUUUAAAGAAUGGGGUUUUUUUUAUGUUGCAACUACAAACCUCCUGAGCACAUUUAAACUUUUUUAUUCAAUUUGA